CUCACCACCUAUCAAACCCUGGUCUCGAUUUCUCAAUCUGAACGCAAGAACGUAUGCAAUAACUAUCACUUGCGGGCUUCGGGCCCAGGACUCGCACCAGAUGAAAUGGAGAGAUUACUGCCUUCUUCGCCAAAUUCCCGGCAUCGAGACCGAUUGUCCGCCAAAUUAUCUUCGUUAUGGAAGAAACCGAAGCUUGCCAGCAAUAAACGAAAUGCGGGAACCGCGCUCGUUUUAUUCCGUGAUUCUGAGGAAAGCCCUGAUUCCUUGGCUAAGAUCGAUUCUGGUUCUAACUCCGAUAGAUAUAAUCAGCUCUGGCUACAGGCGGAGCAACUAUUAUCUGACGGAUCUGAAAGCGAUAAAUAUUGUGCCGAGAAAUUCAAGAAGUACUUGUCGCCCUCUAAUGGUGCUUUUAUUGCCGAUGGCGAGGCAUAUAUAGAAGAAUUACAGGCUCUAGUAGCGAAGAAGCAGCGCGAAGCAGACGCGAACGCGCUGAAAGUUACAAUCGGAUCAAAAACCUAUGUCGUUAGAGACCUCGCAAGCAAGAUUAUAGUCUGGUUGAACAGACUCAAGGAAGUCGGUGAUGUCGCGGUUAGUUUCGAUCCGACGCAUGCUGCUCUUCCUUGGGCAGCAUUUCGCUUCCUGCUUCAGGCAGUGACUAUCAAUAACGAACAUGCCGGGAAACUACUCAUAGGCCUCGAGAGAAUAACUAGUUUAUGUCUUCGGUGUAGGAUCCAUCAUCAAUUAUAUCUCAGCGAGAAGCGUCCCGCCCUUAGCGACAAUGUAACCGGCCCACUCAAGACUUCGAUCAUCACUUUGUUUAAAGAAAUACUCUCAUUUAUAUCUAUGUCGGUAGAGUAUUGCGAAAGGGGUCUUUUUGAAAAAACAAUUAAAGGGACUUUUCAACCCGACAAAUUCUCAGCGAGACUGACAGCACUAGAGGAUGAAGCAGAAAAGGUUGAGAGGGCUGCCAACAAUUGCUACCAUCUAAGUGUCAUAAGUGGGCUCGAAAGCGUCACAGACCAAUUUAGUGAGCUUCAUAGCAUUCUAGACCAAGGGUUUUGCAGAGUCGACGACGCACUCAACGGAGUAUGGACGAGCAUGCAAGCGAAUGAAUAUAUCGAUAUGCUAAAAUGGAUAUCGGAUAUCCCUUACCAGUCAGAUUAUGAAAAUGCGAGGGCAAGCCGUCUUACAGGUACCUGUGAAUGGUUGCUUCGUCAUGAGAAGUAUGCGCAAUGGAGAGACUCAAGCUGUUCUACGACGCUGUGGUUACACGGGAUUCCGGGUGCAGGAAAAACUAGAUUGGCUACUAGAGUUGUUGACGACAUAUCUUCGACUCUGGAUACUACAUCAAAUAGUGAAGGGUUUGCCUAUUUUUUCUGCGAUAGGAACCGAUCGGAUCGCCAGGAUCCCGGUUCUGUACUUCGAAGCUUAAUAAGGCAAUUAUCGUCCAAGCCAGAAAUAGUACGAGCGAAAUCUGGUCAAUCAGAGUUAGAUAUCAUGGAUUGCACACGUCAAAGGUACCACGGAAAAAAAGCAACAGGUUUCGCAUCCUCUCGAUUUACCAUAGAGGAGUGCCGGGAUUUGCUAAAUGAUAUUAGCAAAGGAUAUGCUCAGAUAACUGUUCUAAUCGACGGCUUGGAUGAAUGCGACCACAAAUCUCGGCACCUUCUGAUAGAUGCUCUUGAUGACGUCGUAAGUACAAGCCCCGGACUUGUCAAGGUAUUUAUCGCCAGUCGCGACGACGACGAUAUUAAACAGAAGUACGGUGGUGGGCACAAUUUGAGGAUCCAAGCAAGUGACAACCAGGCCGACAUCGACAAGUAUGUCGCCCAUAAAAUUGAUCAAACGAAAUGGUGCAGAACUGGGAUGCCCCCGGAAAUGCGUGACGAAGUGAUCCAGACGUUCCGACGAAAGAGCCAAGGAAUGUUUCAAUGGGUAGUGCUUCACAUCGAUAGUCUACUUGAACUGGAUUUCGCACAUCUAGUAUACGAGCACUUAGACGGACUUCCCGAGGGCCUUAAGGCAUCGUACGACGACAUUUACGAAAGUAUCGACAAGCGAAAACGAUACAUUGCUGAUAGAGCAUUCCAAUGGAUGAUGUGCUCUUGGAAGCCUUUGACUCCCUUUGAGCUAGCGAUAGCUGUUUUUCAAAGCCCGGACGGCCCUUUCCAACCAGAUGUCGAUGUUGGCGCAGUUAUUGAUAUGGUACUCAAAACAUGCAAGAAUCUAGUGAUGGUGGAAAUGGGUGAAAAUUUCGAUAUCUGCAGAUUUGCCCAUUUAUCGGUACAGGAGUAUCUGGAAUCAUAUCAUUUCGACCCUAUACAGGCGAACGAUCUCGUACUAAGUGUACACCUCCGUUACCUAUUCCACUUAAAACAACCUAUUACCAAAAGAUAUAGUCCUGAGGAUAACGAUUGGACGGAAAGAAUGAUGGUGUGGGACCAACAGGCUAGGCCUUUUGCCGGAGCUAUAUCUGAAGCUACUCGCAACCUAAUGGUACGAUUCCUGGACAGCCCUUUCAAGGGGAGUUCGGCGUAUGAUAUAUGGAUAGAAUCCCUCUCAGUCUUCCAAGGCAGUGGGAGUAGUGUUUCCAUGUAUGAUUCUUCGGUUCUCGAAGGACUCCCGUGGUUGGCUUGCGUUGUCUUCGAAUUCUACGAUGUUCUGGUUGAAUGGCUGCGCAGUGGCUUACUAAAGCCCGAAGACAUGAUAGUCAAUGGCAGGUCUCCUCUUUUCUUCACAUACCCGCAUAAAGAUCCACUGAUCUGGAAUACCCUCGUCGAAUUUGGUGCGGGUGUGAAUGGCAUGGUUCACUAUGGGUGGACACCUCUGAUUUUCGCUGCGAGUUUGGUCGGCGGUUACAGAGAUGCAAAACCGCUUUUAGAACAUGGCGCAGACCCAAACCUGGUAUUCGAAGACAGUUGCUCGGUCCCCGUACCCGCUCUCCACAAGGCGUGUCAAACUCGCGAAGCAAAAAUGAUAUCGUUACUCCUGGAGCAUGGAGCAGAUAUUAACAAAAAUGUUCGACAUGUCGGUACCCCGCUACAAGUCACAAUCUUCGAAAAACAGUGGGCUCUAUGCCAGAUACUGAUUAAAGCUGGCGCCGAUCUUAACGGUUAUGGCAGAUAUGUUUGGACACCUCUUAUGACUGCAUUGAAAAGGAAAAACAUGGGCAUUGCGCGCUUAAUUAUCGCAUCGGGCGCCGAUAUCAAUGCUGCUACUCCGGAUGGUGGUACUGCGCUACAUGCGGCUAUUAGUUCUACGAAACACGGCGUCAAACUUCUAGUUGAGAAAAAGGCUAACAUGAAUCUGUAUUCCACGAGAUACGGUUCACCACUUUACUACGCGUUUGUAGUACAGAAGAAGGCCAAGCUUAGUCGUAUGCUGCGAAUGGCAGGUGCUGAUUUGGACACGGCACAUGGGGAGUACGAGAACGCGGAAGCUGUCGCGGCUCUACGGGCUAUGGAUUGGAAAAUACUUGAUUCGAGACGGAAACGCCGCCACAAGAAUAAAGACCCUGAAGAACCUGGGUCAAGACGGUUUUCUUUCCCUUAGCUCUACCGAAGUAGCUGACAAGCUAACUCGGGUUUUCUAGUGCGCUAGGGAAAUCCAUUAGUAUUUUAAGUCUAUUAUUAGGCACUUAUAAGCCGUAGCGUAUUUCCUUUUAAGUAGGAGCUUGUUUAGUGCCUUUUCUACGGUACUUGCUCAUACUUGGUGAGUAUCGUUUUACGUACAGCAAUCACCCAAUCGAAAUUGCAAAUAAAAUUGUUAACCAAACUUUUCUUUAAUUCAACAUUAGAUGACUGUUCUAAUGAGCGU